CAAGAAAACAAACAGCACUACAAGCAAACUUUACGAACAACUGCGAAGUAGGAACUUGAGAUAUGAGCAAGAAAGAUUCAGCGGCGGUGGCCAUCAUUGUCACUUAUCUGAAUGAGCAGAAUCGACCUUACAGCGCUCAAGAUGUGUUUGGGAACCUACAGAAGCAGCACGGCUUUGGUAAAACGGCUGUGGUCAAGGCAAUGGAGCAACUGGCCCAGGAGGGCAAGAUUCGGGAGAAGACUUACGGCAAGCAGAAGAUAUACUUUGCCGACCAGGCCCAGUUUACAGACGUGAGUGACUCUGAUCUGAAGACCAUGGACACACGCAUCUCUGAGCUAAGCUCACAGGUGCAGGAAGUCACACAGAGUUGCAGGCAGUUGGAGUCUGAGCUGAGGGAGCUGAACAGCUCCUUGACCUCCGAGGAGAUGACCUCUGAGAUCCAGGAGCUGAAGCCAGAGUGUGCAUCGUACCGAGAGCGCCUGCAGAAGAUCAAGUGUGCAACUAAUCAUGUCUCACCAGAGGAGCGAGAAAAGAUUCACAAAGCCAGAAAUCUCUACGUGAAGGAAUGGAGGAAGAGGAAGAGACUGACACAGGACAUGAUGGGUGCCAUCCUGGAGGGCUACCCAAAGAGCAAGAAACAGUUUAUGGAGGAGGUUGGUGUGGAAACUGAUGAAGAGCACAAAGUGACCAUACCUGAUAUUUAAUGAAAUUGGGUGUUUGAAUGUUUGUCUUCAAUGGUCACCAUGGAUGUAUGCUACCAACUGACUGCAGUGUCUGUGUGAGCGGUAACACGUAGCAGUCCUUAUGUAGUGGCAGACUGGAAACUUGGCUCAUGGCAAGUUUAAAGUAAGGAGUGAGGAUUUCCUGUUCAAGAGACUGCAUGGCAUCCAACAGCCGGAUAUGAAAAAUGAAGGUUAUAGAGUCAGGAACAGUG